AUGGCCUCCAACCCUUUCAACUCUGCCGAGAGCACCAACUCGGGCGCAAAGCAGGAGAAGAUGAAUGUGCACCGUCAGAUGAUGGAGAACAAGUUGCGCGAGAACGANGGGNNAAACCCCGUCAAGCCACGCACACUGUUCGCAAAGACGGCCGCUUCGAAACCCGAAGAGGAGACCACUGAGACCAAGACCGAGGAUGCUUGA